UGAGUGCGGCGCAUAGGUUAGCGGGGAUUUCUCGCCCCCAGCCAUCGCCAUUUUUCUUUUUCUUUUUCGCGACGAUUGGGCGGGAGAGCUAUUUCGCCCAGCCACCGGGGAAGGGGGCGUGGGAGACGUUGGUUUGACCGUGAGUUUUUUUAUUUACUUCGUGAACCGAUCUCACGACGCGCUUUCCAAGAGAUAGAUCUUUUUUUUCGCAACCUGGAGCAACGAUCUCAAUUCUUUCUUCGGAGGGUUCGCACCGAUAGCCCACUCCCAUCAUCCCGGUUCACCGGCGAUUUCAACACGAUCAUCCGUGAUUUUAUUCACCACUGUCACCCACCAUUGUCGCCUCGCCGGACCAUCCUCCCCGUACAUCCCACCCAACCCGUGCGACCAUCAAAAAGACUCGUAAAAACCCAAGACACCCGAACAUCCGACUCUUCUGAUCCAGCGAACCACCGUUUAACUACCACUCUUCCCUCUUCCUGCCCCCCUCUCCCGGGCCGACGCUCAUCACAGCCCGACGGCGCCAAAUCUCGCGCGGAGAACAAGGAAAGCCGGGACAAGGGUGUCUGCAGCAACGCGGCAUCAUCGCAUCUGGCGACUCUUGACGUGGCACACGCCAAACCGCCCCGAGCCAAGACAAGACGGCAAACCUGCAUCAUCAUCUCUGCUGUCAUCCAAAGUCGUUCGAGUCGAGUCGAAAUCCCCUCGGCCUCAAAUCAGAGGCUACCAGCAACACCACCCAGCAACAACACCACCCCAACCGGCCGCCCAGCCUUCCACCAACCGUCCAGUCCCUGCCGUUAGCGUCACCGUCGCUGCUGGCCCAGGUACCUGCGUUGUGCCACUGUUGCUAGCCUGAACGAACGACCUGCGCGCCUCGAAAUCCUUCAGCGCCCAACGCCUGCACAUUAUCUCGGGUUGCGACGGUCGGACGUCCCGCGGCGAUAGCCUCUUCUUUUUCCUCCUCCUCCUCCUUCUCCUCCUCCUGCACCAGCCUUGCCCUUGUCUACGCCUCUCUUUACUUCCUUCACUGGGUGCUCGUUCGGUCCCGUACUCUCUCUUUUUCCCUGGCGCAUCCCAGCCAGGCCCGGUCUUAUCGCGCGCCCUUCUUCCGACUUCCAUCCUCUACAGCCUCUUCCUUCCGCCUCCCCCCCGCACCGCCUUGGGCGAAUUGGCUGGAUCGGCGAUUAAAACAUCGCCUGCGACGACCUCAUUCGACCGUCUUCCACCUUGAUCGAUUGACACCCACGACCCCGACCACGAUUGAGCGUCUUCAUCCCGCGCUCAUCUUACCACAGUCAAACCACUGACACGCCCCUCCUCCCCCCGAGUAGCCGCCCAUCAUGGUGGCCUCCACCGUCACGGGCAGCUCCCUCUACGAGAGGCGCGUCGUCGAGCGUGUCCAUCGCUACCAGUGGCCCGGCAUCCAGCUGAACCUCUGGAUCCUCGUCAUGCUCGCCGCGUCCUGCCUCAUCAUCGGCGUUUUCGCCUCCUUCAUCGACAUUCAGCAGCAGCUCCUGCUGCCGAUCCCAUGGUACUUCCCCUACUACAUCACCGUCGCCUCCCUCGUCGUCCUCUUCAUCGGCCUCCUGCUCUGGCUCGUCUACCAGCGCCGCCUCCUCCCGGCCAUCGUCAUGAUCGGCGCCUUCAUCCUCUUCAUCCUCUGGUUCGUCGGCCUCGUCGUCGUCAGCAUCCAGCUCUGGGGGCCCGACGGCUCCGUCUCGAGCAACUGCAGCCUCGCCGUCUUCAACCGCAACCCCACCGGCCAGAGCCUCGACACUCUCGCCUGGCUGCAGCAGAGGAGCAUAUGUCAAGCGUGGCAGGCCGUCUUCGCCUUUGCCCUCGUCGGCGCGCUCUUCCUGCUGUGGAUCAUGGUCAUGGCCUACCAAGUCUUUGCCACAUCAUGACGGACGCGAGCGUGUUGGCCGUUUUGCCAGCGCUGGCUGCAACGCAUAUACCGCAUUGGGAUGUCGAUAACUCGGGGUCGUGCAUAUACAUCCCGCCAUUUUUGUUCAAUUUUUGGGCCGUGUUAUCAAUUUUAAUCCCCCCCCCCCCCCCAGCUCUGGCGCUGAGCAAUAUACGCUCGAACACGAAACCCACUCGACAAUAGCAUCGCCCGAGGAGCGAGGAUUGGUUUUGCGAGCACGCGCGUAAUGGAGGUGUUCUUUAUAUGACGAAGCGCAAUGGUUUUCUUGGCGCGAAUGGCAUCUUAUAGGCGUUUUCCCCCUUCUCUUUUUAAUAUUUUCCUUGCAUCCUUGGAGGUUUUGAUUAUGGUGUUAGUCUCCCUCCCGGUUCGGGAGUUGGUGCAAAAGGGGUUGGUUGAUUGGAAUGCUCACGGCUGUAUGACGAUGACGAGAAAAAGGACGACGGACGAGAUAUGUUGAGAAAUGGGAAAUAAUAUCACGGAUGCUCCCUUCGCGGUGCCGAGUCCACUACCGUUUAUCCGUCCCUCCCUGGGAGCCAUUGUUCCCCCUCUGACACUGUCACCACACGAAGGCCACGCCGUGGUCCAACGUCGGACGGCCGAACUUGCAUCCCGCAGAAACCCCGUCGUGGCAGAUGCCAGCUCGGCCGGCUCCAUGGCCGUGAUGAUCGUCGCACGGCAUUGAUCUCACA